AUGCCACUAGUAGCAUGGCACCCUUGGUGUGAUGUACGUAAAAGGGAUGAUAUACGAACACUCAACAUAUCGUAUCCUCUAGGAACUAUGCCACCUGAAUGGACAAUCAAAAUAAGGCAAAGCUAUUAUGCCGCCAGCAUAUACAUUGACUAUCUAAUUGGAACGUUAAUGCAAUACGUGAAUACAAGCAACACAAUCGUAGUUCUAACCAGUGAUCACGGUUGGUCCUUAGGCGAGAACGGUUUAUGGGCGAAAUACAGCAACUUCGACGUAGCUCUAAAAGUUCCGCUCAUUUUCAACUUUCCGGAUCCCGAUGAAUCGAAUAAUAUAUACGAAGAGCCGAAAUAUCAACAAGUGAAAACAAAAUUAUCUCAAUUGUUAAAGAAGCAAGUGGAGAAUAAUAAC